AUGUCUUCCAGCGAUCACCCAGAGUCCGGGGUGUCCGCCAACCCCAGCAACGAGCAUGAGCUGGGGCCGACCACUUCUCCGCAAACAUUGCAGCCGCAAGCUCCACCGACGCAAGGCACAUCUGCAUCUGUCCCGGCCGUAUCGGGCCCUGUCGCAGACACGCCCGCCUCAACCGCCCAGGCCGACGGCAACGACCGGCCAGGCGAUGCGAACCACCCCGCAACCACCGGUGGCGAAAGCGUCGCCCCCGUGACAGCAACGACCACGACCCAGACCACCUCGACUCCCCCCACCAACGCUGACGCUCUCCAACCCUCCGAUGCACCCUCAAUGGCUGUUCAAGAACCCAAGCCUGCUGUAGACCUGUCUUCCGAUCCCUCGGAUGACGUUGAGGAACCGAAGGAGGUCGAGGAGGAUGCCGGCCCGUCACUGGCGAUUACCCUACUGUUGACCACGGGCUCGCGCCACCCGUUCACAAUCGAUGGAAAGUAUUUGCGGAAGCGCUCAGUCAAUGUCGAGAACUACGAUCCGUUCGCGAUGAGCGUCUACACAUUGAAGGAAUUGAUCUGGCGGGAGUGGCGAUCUGAUUGGGAAACCCGACCCUCGUCACCGAGUUUCAUUCGAUUGAUCUCGUUUGGAAAGCUGCUGGAUGAUAAGUCACCUUUGACCGACUUGAAGUUUAGCCGGGACGCUCCCAAUGUCGUCCAUAUGACUGUGAAGCCGCAGGAGAUGGUCGAAGAAGAGGACGCCAAAGGAGCCAAGGCACAGUACAGCCGAGAGCGCGAAGCCAGCGAACGCAGCCCAGGAUGCCGCUGUGUGAUUCUAUGA